AGAAGCAAUAAACUAUUUUCGUUUGAGGAGAAUUUAACUUUGCCUCUGUGCUAAUUGUUUGCAACGUUGAGUAUAAUUGAAAUAUAUAGUGUGCUAAUGAACACACAAGCUAUACGUGCUAGUAACUUAGUAACCCACUCAUUUUCAGACCAAUAACUUCACUAUCGUUCCUGCAAGCAAAAAAUCGGAUGUGAAUAAAAUUUCUAGCCCUUGAAAGGUCAAUUAAAUGGCGUCGCAAACAACCAACAACAGUAACGAAAGCGACAGCAAAAAUAGCAACAACAAAACACACAGCGUCAAUCAUUCCACGAAUGAGACAAGCAACGGCAAAGUGAACAUCACUACCAUUGACAUUCCUGAAAUGAAAGUGCACGUUAUGGAGUCCAAAUUCGGGUCCAAAAAUAGUUCCAAGAGAGACUCGAAGAACAGUUCCAAGAGAAGCAGUCCGGGGAACUCCCCCUUCCCCUCGCCCUUAUCUGGGUCUAGAUUCACCUCAUUCAUACCCAUUAUCAACCCAGCCCAAACAGGAGCGCGAGGUGAGUUGACGAGCAACGAGAUCUGUCUGUUUGUGCGCUUCCUCAAGAUCGGGCACAUAGACACUAAGAACCAGCGUUUCGUGGCCCAUAUCGAGAUAGUGGCCAGAUGGAAGCCAGUCUACUCUACUCUUUUCUCCGAGUUCGUGGUCGAAAACAGAGACAAAGUCAUCAUUCCAGAGAGCGAGGACAACGUGGAGCAAGUGAGACGCAUACUGCCCAAGAUAAACGUAAACAACUUAGAAGCAAUCAUAAGCGACAGGGUACACUACAAACUGAAACCCUACCCCUGUCCCAACACAGGAGCGAGUACCCGCCCAAUCCACAUGCGCUCGAUUGAUGUCGCCUAUGUUGAGAUGUUCCGCACUCUCAAGGGAGUCUUCUUCGAGUACCUGGAACUGGAGGACUUCCCUUUCGAUGUCCAGGAUAUCUGUGUGCGUUUUACCUUGGACCCCUCCUGUGCUCACUAUUUCAAGCUGAAGGUGGCUCCGCCUGGCACUCCGGCGGGACUGCUGGAUACUCACACUAUCUUCCAGGACGCACAGGAGUGGGACCUCAGUCUCAUGGCUGUCAACGGGGAGAACAACGUGGAUGCGUUAGGUGCUCGGGCAGCCUCCGACCCUCCCAGUCCCGACCAUGAGCUGGUAGUUCGCACAAAUGUCAGACGCAAGAGUGCAUACCAUCUCUACAACUGCUUCCUUGUCAUGAACUCGGAAAAAUAG